CCAGCGCUCCCGGAAUAGCCACCGGCACCUGCAGGAAGGGGCCGCCUGCCAGACUCGUGGCGUUGUUGAUGGAAAGUGUCUCCCGGGUGCCCACGAAACGUAGUUGCGUGCUGUGUUCGCGCUGGUGAAUGCGCACUUCUCUAAAGCUGCGCUGUAAAGUCUGCUCCUGUUUGCAAACAGGUAGCCUAGUGCGGUUUCUCUCUGUGACUCUGUACAAUUUCUGUUCAUGAUUUAGCAUUAUACAUUCUCAACAUUGCCAAUCUGCUGUGGAAGAUUCUCCCCCUCUGCGGUGUUGCUGAUAAUAAUAAAUUGCUUCAGGUUUUUUUCGCCUUUGCAUGAAGAAAAUGGUGCAAGUCAAGUUAGUUUUUUAUAGUGAAAUGUGUAAAAUUCAGAUUUUAGUUUCCUCUCUUACAAACAAAUCUACUGCAUGGUUUUGUACAGCACUUCUGAUAUGCCCGUAUGUAUGUGACCAACAAAUUUUUUAACUUACACGAGUAAUUUUUGUUGUCGCUCCUUUAGUGAGUAUGUAUAAGAGUGUCGUGACUCUGAGAGGUUGGCAAGAUAGUGAGGGAAAAGUACAAGAAACAGAACUGUAGCUUAAACCUUUUUCUAGGGCUGAGGAAUGUUGCCUGUAAUUUUUCUCUUGUGUAUUGUCUCACACGUAUAUUGUUGAAGUUGCUGAAAAUACUGCCUCCAAAUUCGUGAUGGUUCAAAUGAGCAAGUUUUGUUCCAUUUGGGUAUAACUCAAUAAGCUGUAAAUUCUGUAAUAAGCAUUCUCUUCAACAGGCUAGACUACAUGCUAGAGAUUGGUUUAGAUGGCAAGUCCUCUUGGAACUUUUUUUAGACGUAGUUCCCUUUUCGUGGUCUGGGGUGGAGGGAGUAAAAAGCAAACAAAACUGAAAAUAUCCAUGCAGUUGUUAUUUUGUGUGCGCAGAAUGGUAAAGUGUGACGGUAACUUGGUGCUGCUGUGUUGAGCAGAGUAUAAAUGCAUUGUCAGAGGCCUCCAUAAAUACUAAAUAAAUAAAUAUUAACUGCUCUUUUGGGACAAGUGUUACUCUAAUUGAACAAUUAAAUAAUUAGGGUUUUUUUUUCUGCUGGUUUAAAUUUGGAGGCAGAGCUCUGACAUGCCAAAUUUUGUGUUCAGUACAUUUGAAGGUAUUCUGCUGUUUACUCCAUAUACGCUUCUGAUACACUGCUGUGUAGCUUUUCUUUUAAAUAAUAAAUUAGCCCCUAUCUCUAAGUGAGUUUUUUUGGGAAUUGGAAAAUCUGGAGCCGUUGCCUCACUGACUCCUGUCUGUAUUUAAAAGUGAUUAAAAGGUGGAACACAGAACACUGAAAUGCUGUCUCAUUCCUUGGAAAACAAUAUGAAACCUUACCACAAAAGCAGAACAUCAAAGUAAAGCAUCCAGUUUACCUAGAUUUCAUUGCUCAGAAAAGCAAUUUAAAUGGCUUUUUAAAAUUUCAAACUCAAAUGGUGUGAACUCAAAGUUCACUUGUAUAUACAUUAAUUUUAUUUGCUCAACUUGAGGUUAGUGGAGGGCUUCAGGUUCAUACGAAAUACUGUAUUUGCUUUUUGAAAAACCAUGGUGUCUUGCAUAUCCCUGUUAUAUCUAAGACACUGCCAUGAAAAAAAGCCCCAUAUGGGAAUUUAUUUGCUUUAAAAUGUGGUCUAUAACUCUGGGAAAUUGUUGUUAGUGUAACUAUACAUUUACCAAAGCAAGCUAAAAUUUGAGCGGGGAAAGGAGAGCAUGUAAUUCUCUGUCAAGCAAAAUAGUUCUUCAAGAUUUUUAUACCACCACAGUUUCCUCUGUUGGAGAUUAUAUGUAUGAAGAAGUCUGACAAAAUUAUGCCUAGCUGCUAUUACAGUGCUAGUCCAUGUUUUCCACACAGAUCUUGACUGAGUGAAUCUUCUGUUUGGAUAUGUAUAUAUUUGUGUCAGGAUUUAUUCUGGAGAUAUUACUACUGGAAAAUCUCACAGCGUUAAGUAUUCUGCUGUUACAAUGAGACCUGUAUGUCUCAAUUCUAAAUUUCUUCAAUUUCUUCUUCUUCUGUCAGAUUACAAAGCACGAAAAACCUGUGUGUGGGAAAAACCCAGAAAACUGCUAAGAUUGCAAGGCAGCUAAGGUGGCAUAGAAUAUUGUAUUUUUGUCCAGUUUUUAAUCCUGCUAUGGAUAAAACUUUCAAUGCUAUAAAUAAAUGAGGAAUACAUACUUUGUGUGAUUUCAGGUUUUUGUCCACGUGGAUGUUUUGUCAGUGUGCUUACAGUGAUGGGAUGGGCUAGAGAAAAGAAGCUACUUCUGUGGGCUGAAAUACUGUAACAAGUGUUAGUGCUCACCUGCCAGCUGGUCAUGCUUCAUAUCCAUGCACUUAGUGUGUGGCUGGUAAAACUGAAUUGCUUUUACCUCCCUGAUUUGCCUUGCUAGGAAGAGGUACUGUGCAUCAGCUGCAAUCCAGUGCCUUUUACUUUCAUGGCAGCUUGUGUUUGUGUAUGUGCCCUCAGCAGGAGUGGUUAUCAUUAUUUACUGUGAUGGUUGACGUUAGUUGUAAAGAGCAGAAAAACUAAUCCUCUGGGCCUUAUCUGAAGUACAGAGGUGGCAGCAGCUGAAGGGAAAAGCCACAAGAAACUCAUGGAUGAAAAAGUACUGCUUGAAACAGCUCUGCAAAGCAAAGCCCAUCCAGCUUGCAGCUAGGCACAAGAGCCAGGUUUUGUACUUAGCACUUACGGGGUUCCUGUUGGAUACCAGUAAGAAAAACUUGCUGGAUGUCCAUUCAGAAAUACACAGUGGAUAUUUGUUUAAGUUGGGAGAAUCUACUUUUAAAGCUAAGCUGCUUCAGGAGACCAUGCUUUUGCUGUUUUGUUGGUGCAGGUCGGUGGGCAUAAAAUUAAGAAACCUUGUUAUAAAACCUAACUGCGCUCAGGAGAUGUCCUUGGAGGAUUCUCCUCCAGUGCAGGGUGUUUACUUACUGACUGGAUGCUGUAAAUGGGCAGGUUUGAGAAAACAAGAGUGGGGGAAGAAAUCCCACACCUGUAUGAACUAAGCAAUGUGAUUUAAAACAGGAUAAGGAAGACUCUUUCAGAACUGAACUUAGAUAUUUAAAAAAUACGAUUAUUAUGAAGGUUAUUUGCAUGAAAUUACUACAUUCCUGCUAACACUUUACCUGUACUUUUAGUAAUUUAGUGGUCCAUAUGAUACAAUUAAAUGGCUUAAAUGUGAACUUCUGAUUAAGAAUGCUAGGAGAUGCAAAGUGCCAACCUGGCAGUGCAGAAGCUAUUUAUUUCCAAAUACUGUUUUCUAAACUUUUCAAACUCUGGGGGAGAGGAAGGGAGAAAGUGAAUAGCUAUUGAAUUUGAUACUGAAACUUAACCUAAAGUUGGUAUAUAUCAGUAAGAAAGUCAUGAUGGCACAAGGAUUACUCUGCAGCUUCUGCUUAUUUUGCCCCUGUAACAUAUGAGUAUUUGCCUAAAUGUUAUCAUUAGUAAUGAAAUCUUUUGAAAAUCUGUGUUUUGUCCUUAAACUGAGUAGGCAAAAGGAUAGAUUUGUUUCAAAAAUGUCAAAGAAAGGUGGAAUGAAUGUCAUCACCAUGUAGAUCACUGAAGCAGUAUGGUCGUGAUGUCUUAAACAGUUAUGUACAGUAGUGUACAGUACAUACAGUAGAAAGGCUGUGUGCCUUUCAUUUGUUUGUUCCUAUCUUCUCUCACUUCAGUAUUCAAUCAGUUUUUGCUAUUGGAAAUCUUCGUUUGUUAAAAUCUAGAGUGGAAGUGAAAGAAUGGAGAAUAAAGAAUUAUCUAUCACUUAGCCUUCUGUAUUAUUACUUUGAUCAUCAGAGAAGCACUCUGUGACUGUCAGCAUAUAAAUAAAGUCUGAAUUAAUUGUCUGAGUUAUUAACUAUUCAGAAUGCUUGUGUAACAUCUUCCAAAUUUCUUUUGGGCAUUGUAAAUAUGUUUUAAGGAUAUUGUUAAGUUCUUCCGGGCUUAUUUGUGUAUUUGGUAGGCAGGAUACAGAUUAGGAACUGUUUUGAGGACAAGAGGUCCUCAGGUAAAGAGGUAUAGAGGAGCAACAAGAGGUAUAGGAGCCUUGUGGAGCAACUAAAAUAGGAAGACAAGCAAAAGCAUGUCUUUUUAUGUGGGUGAAAUGUAGAGUAGUUAUACUAUGUCACGUCAAGGAGGACUUUAUUAAAUGUGGAAAUACAAGGUUAAGUUUUGGGAAUGUGGUUUUUUGCAAAGAGGAAUAAUACAUGCCCUUGUUGAUGGAUGCGUUUUGAAAUGGAAUGAGAAAAGGAAUUACCAUACUUUUUUUGCUAUGAUAGGGAGACAUUUCUGGUCCUGUAAUAUAUGUAAUUUUUAUUAGUGCUCAUAAGGAGAGGAAAACCUCUUUUCACCUUCAAGGUGUUCUUGUCUACCACCUCAUGGAUGAUCUCUUCCAUUAGAGGCACAAGUUUCAUGUUUCCUCUCAUUUUUAAACCCUUUUACCUAAUUUCUUCACAGAAAGGGUUGCCAAGCAUUGGAACAGGCUGCCCAGGCAAGAAGUUGAGUCACUGUCCCUGGAGGUAUUUAAAAGCUGCGUGUUCAGAGGCACCUGUGCAUGAGGAGAAGUUUGUUCUAUGGCCUCGGAGCUGGGUGCCAGGGAGGAUGGCAGCUGCUCAGAGCUGGCAAAACCCCUCUAUCUGCAAUACCUGGAAAAAGCUCUGCAACUGGAUCAGUUCUUACGACAGACAUCUGCCAUCUUUAACAGGAGUAUAUCCAGUGAUGAAAGUGAAGAUGGAUUGGAUGACAAUCCUUUGCUGCCUCAGCCUGGGGAUUCCCUGAUGCAAGUUAAGGAAGAGCCUCCAGACUCCUUGCUUGGAGAGUCUUCUGGAGCAGGGAAUUCUGGGAUGCUGAACACACAUUCCCUGAAUGGAGUACUCGAGCCAGAACCAAAGUCUGAAAAAGGGAGCUUGUAUAAUUUUUCCAAACUGAAGAAAAGCAGAAAGUGGCUGAAGAGUAUCCUUCUGAGCGAUGAUUCCAGUGACACAGAUUCACCAAGUGAUGAGGAUGGAGAAGAGGAAGAAGAAUUUUCUCUUUCAAGGGAGGAACUUCACGACAUGCUGCGAUUACACAAGUAUAAGAAAUUGCAUCAAAGUAAAUAUAGCAAAGACAAAGAGUUGCAGCAGUACCAGUACUACAGCGCGGGGCUGCUCUCUACCUACGACCCCUACUACGAGCAGCAGCGCCACCUGCUAGGGCCCAAGAAAAAGAAGUUUAAAGAAGAGAAGAAAAUAAAAGGCAAGUUGAAAAAAGUAAAGAAAAAGAGAAGACGGGAUGAAGAACUCUCUUCAGAGGAGUCACCACGACGCCACCAUCACCAGACCAAAGUUUUUGCCAAGUUUUCCCACGAUACACCACCACCUGGGUCCAAGAAAAAGCAUUUGUCUAUUGAGCAGCUUAAUGCACGUCGGCGGAAAGUGUGGCUGAGCAUUGUUAAGAAGGAGUUGCCGAAGGCAUACAAACAGAAAGCUUCUGCCCGUAACCUCUUCCUAACCAACAGCAAAAAGCUUGCCCACCAGUGCAUGAGGGAGGUACGUAGAGCUGCUAUCCAAGCACAGAAAAACUGUAAGGAAACUCUUCCACGAGCGCGUCGUCUCACCAAGGAGAUGCUUCUCUAUUGGAAAAAGUAUGAAAAGGUGGAAAAAGAGCAUCGGAAACGAGCUGAGAAGGAGGCUCUGGAGCAACGCAAACUGGAUGAGGAGAUGAGAGAGGCUAAGAGACAGCAGCGAAAACUUAACUUCCUGAUCACACAAACUGAAUUAUACGCCCAUUUUAUGAGUCGUAAACGAGACAUUGGUCAUGAUGGGAUACAGGAGGAAAUCCUGCGCAAACUGGAAGACAGCUCUACCCAAAGGCAGAUUGAUAUUGGUGGAGGAGUAGUGGUCAACAUCACCCAAGAAGAUUAUGAUAGCAACUAUUACAAGGCCCAAGCUCUGAAGAAUGCUGAGGAUGCUUACCAGAUUCAUCAAGCCCGGACCAGGUCAUUUGAUGAAGAUGCGAAGGAGAGCCGGGCAGCUGCUUUACGGGCUGCUAACAAGUCUGGUACUGGGUUUGGAGAGAGCUACAGCUUAGCAAAUCCAUCUAUCCGAGCAGGAGAAGAUAUUCCACAGCCUACCAUUUUCAAUGGAAAACUGAAAGCUUAUCAACUGAAAGGCAUGAACUGGCUGGCUAACCUAUAUGAGCAGGGCAUCAAUGGAAUCCUGGCAGAUGAAAUGGGUCUGGGUAAAACAGUACAAAGUAUUGCUCUCCUUGCACAUCUGGCUGAGAGAGAGAACAUCUGGGGACCUUUUUUAAUAAUUUCGCCUGCCUCUACCCUGAACAACUGGCACCAGGAGUUUGCCAGAUUCGUACCUAAAUUUAAGGUGCUACCUUAUUGGGGAAAUCCUCACGAUAGAAAAGUGAUCAGAAAGUUCUGGAGUCAGAAGACAUUGUAUACUCAGGAUGCUCCUUUCCACGUGGUAAUUACCAGUUACCAGCUGGUAGUGCAGGAUGUGAAGUAUUUCCAGCGAGUGAAGUGGCAGUAUAUGGUGCUGGAUGAAGCACAAGCACUCAAGAGUAGCUCCAGUGUUCGUUGGAAGAUCCUACUACAGUUCCAGUGUCGAAACAGAUUGUUGUUGACUGGGACCCCAAUCCAGAACACGAUGGCUGAGCUGUGGGCCCUGCUGCAUUUUAUCAUGCCAACACUGUUUGAUUCCCAUGAAGAGUUCAAUGAGUGGUUUUCUAAGGACAUAGAGAGUCAUGCAGAGAACAAAUCUGCCAUUGAUGAGAACCAGCUAUCCCGCUUGCACAUGAUCCUAAAGCCUUUCAUGUUGAGAAGAAUCAAGAAGGAUGUGGAAAAUGAACUGUCAGAUAAGAUUGAAAUUCUUAUGUACUGCCAGCAGACAAGUCGACAGAAGCUCUUGUACCAAGCUCUGAAAAACAAAAUCUCUAUUGAUGACCUCCUGCAGUCAUCAAUGGGCACUACUCAGCAAGCACAGACCACCACUAGUAGUCUCAUGAAUCUAGUCAUGCAGUUUAGGAAGGUGUGCAAUCACCCAGAGCUGUUUGAGCGACAAGAGACUUGGUCUCCAUUUCACAUCUCCCUAAAGCCAUACCAGAUUUCCAAGUUCAUCUACCGUCAUGGACAGAUCAGGGUCUUUAACCACUCACGGGACAGGUGGUUACGGGUUUUACUUUCGCCAUUUGCACCAGACCACAUCCAGCAGUCUCUCUUCCACAGGAAGGGCAUCAAUGAAGAAAGCUGUUUUUCUUUCCUCCGGUUUAUUGAUGUCUCUCCAGCAGAAAUGGCAAACCUUAUGAAUCAGGGACAUUUAGCCAGAUGGUUAGCUCUUUUCCUGUCUCUGAAAGCAUCAUACAGGCUCCAUCACAUGCGUUCCUGGAUGGAGACUGAAGAGGACAGAGAGCAGGGGUCAUGUUUUCUGAGGAACAGGGAUUUCUUGCUUGAUGUAAAUUUCCCACUGUCUUUCCCUAACUUGCACAGCUGCACUUUGCUGCAGAACCUUGUGUUCAGCAGCCACUGUAAAGCAGUUACUGGCUAUUCAGACCAUGUCAUAUACAGAAGGAAAUCAGCUACCUCAUGUGUACGAUGCUGCCAGGUGACGGAGCUGCCGUCCUUCCUGUGCAUAGCCAGUCCACGGGUAACAGCUGUGCCACUGGAGUUCUACUGCAAUGACCGAAGCGCAGAAUAUGAGCGCAGGGCACUAAGGGAAGGAGGAAGUCUUGAAGCAAAGCAAUGUGUACUCCAUGGAUCCCCUGAGCUAGCAGCUGACUGGCUGAAUCAGUGCUCCCAGUUCUUCCCAGAGCAUCCAGGAGGGCUGCUAGGGAUCAGGCCUCAGAACGGCUGGUCUUUUAUCAGGAUACCAGAUAAAGAGAGUCUGAUCACUGACAGUGGAAAACUUCAUGCUCUUGAUCUUCUGUUGACACGGCUGAAAUCUCAAGGACACAGAGUUCUCAUUUACUCCCAGAUGACUCGGAUGAUUGACUUACUGGAGGAAUACAUGGUUUAUAGGAAACAUACCUACAUGAGAUUGGAUGGCUCUUCAAAGAUUUCUGAACGAAGGGACAUGGUAGCAGAUUUUCAGAACAGGAAUGAUAUUUUUGUGUUCCUGUUAAGUACAAGAGCUGGAGGCUUGGGCAUUAACCUUACAGCUGCAGAUACGGUAAUUUUCUAUGACAGUGAUUGGAACCCAACAGUAGACCAGCAAGCCAUGGACCGGGCCCACAGGCUGGGUCAGACCAAACAAGUCACCGUGUACCGCUUGAUUUGUAAAGGCACUAUUGAGGAGCGCAUCCUUCAGCGGGCAAAGGAAAAGAGUGAGAUUCAACGGAUGGUAAUUUCAGGUGGCAAUUUCAAACCUGACACCCUGAAGCCAAAAGAGGUGGUCAGCCUUCUGCUGGAUGAUGAGGAACUAGAAAAGAAAUUGCGUCAGCGUCAAGAAGAGAAGCGACAGCAAGAAGAAACAAAUCGUGUGAAGGAACGUAAACGUAAAAGGGAAAAAUAUGCUGAGAAGAAGAAGAAGGAAGAUGAAUUGGAUGGGAAGAGAAAGAAAGAGAACAUGAACCUUGUGAUCCCAUUUGUUCCCUCAGCUGAUAACUCCAACCUGUCUGCUGAUGGAGAUGACUCUUUCAUUAGUGUAGACUCUGCCAUGCCCAGUCCUUUCAGUGAGAUAUCCAUCAGCAGCGAAUUACAUAUGGGCUCUAUCCCUCCUGAUGAGAGCAGUAAUGAUAUGCUUGUGAUUGUGGAUGAUCCGGCUUCUUCAGCACCUCAGUCAAGGGCAACAAAUUCUCCUGCUUCCAUUACUGGCUCAGUUUCAGACACCGUGAAUGGUGUUUCAAUGCAAGAUACUGCGAGAGGCCAGUCCAGUCGAAACCGGGGUCGUCCCAAAGCUGGCUCCAAAGGUGGUACUGGGAAGGGCAGGAGCCGGAAGUCGAUAGCGGGGAGCGCAGCGGCGAUGGCGGGGGCCAAGGCGGGGGCAGCAGCCGCCUCUGCGGCAGCGUACGCAGCCUACGGGUACAACGUCUCCAAAGGCAUGUCUGCAAGUAGCCCUCUACAAACUGCAAUCAUUCGGCCUUCUGGACUUGCAGAUUUUGGACCUUCAAAUGCCUCUUCUCCCCUGAGCUCCCCUUUGAGCAAAGGAAACAAUGUCUGUGGGACCUCCAAAAGUUUAAACCUGACCAGCAGUCUCAUAUCAGAAACUUCAAUUCGGAAGCAAAGCAAAGGUGCCCACACCUCAGGUGGUCGGUAGUAAUUUUGAACCCCCAAAGCUUGUCUGAACUGUGUUGGCUUUCAGAGUAGACCACCCUGCCAGUCAAAGGCAUGCUAACAAAUGCCUUGUUGCUGUCCAGCACAUGUGUGGAAAGAAAAUCAAAGCACAGUGGGAGUGGGUGGUUGAUGUGAGCACUUUGAUUAUGUGUAUUCCAAAAAACUAUCUUUGCAGACUCUGCAAGAAGGAGGGAAGGGAGUCUGGGGUAAGAAAGCAUCCAACUACUCCAUGCAAUAUCCUGCAGCUGUGUGUGCUUGAAGUCACACCAAUAUACUUCCUCUCUUGUAGCCUGAGGUGGAGCCCAGAAUUAAUUUUGUCCUAUGAAAUCAGUAUCUGAACCCCAGGAGAAUCCUGUAGAGUCACAAGACAUUUCUGUCCUGGCAGCUGGUCAGUGAACAUGCAGGAGUAAUUGGGGGUUAUACUGAAGGUGACGUGUGAUCAAAAAAAUUAUUGGCUUCUUCUGUUGUGGGUCUCUGGGUUCUUUAAAGACUUGAAAUUCAAAGGAAGGUGUCUCAGGUGGUUUCCAGGGAGCGGACUCUUUUCAGCAGCAUUUGUCAGGAAGAUGUUGAGAGCUGCAGAACACAGGGAGUGCUGUCAGGCCUCGUGAGACCAGCAGCACAGCCUCUACUUCACACAGUGGAAGAAACCACAGGCCAGUGAUUGGUUCUCAUCAGCACGAACACUCACCAUGUUCAGAAUGAUUUCUCUCAUUUUUGGGGUGCACAGAACUCUUAAAAACUUGGAAACAAAAUAAUGCUCUAUUUGUACAAAUCUCGAGAAGGAGGAAAAGGAAGUGCUGAGGAGGAGUUUGUGCUGCUUCUCUCACUGUGUUGUAGCAGCACGUGGAUCUGCAGCUUGCAGUGCUGUGAGAGGAGCAAUGAAAAACAAUCCUGAGUGAGAGAAAACUGUGCCAUUCCCCCUUCCAGCCAAAUUCUGGGAAAAAAUUGUCUCAUAUGCCAGCCAUCCCAUUGACUGUUGUUGCAGUGUGUUUUCCCUUCAUCUUUGUGAUCAUCACACUUACUGGCGUGGUUGAGUUCACCGCAGUGUGCGGGCAGUAGCCGUGUCCCAUGAGGCUGAUAGAAGGCAGUGCUGCCAGCACCCAUCCGUGUUCUUGUUCCCUGGUUGCUCCUUCCCCAUUCUUGAUGCACAAACCCUGCCCGUAGCCCCUUGCUUUGCUGUAAGCGUUGUCUGCAUUGCACUGAGAUUUAGGUGUGGGACAUUUGUUCUGUCUCACACAUUGAAUUAAGAGGCUGUUCUGCCGGGCACUUUCAUCCCUUGAGAGAAGCAAGUUGAGUUGCAGGUCUGGGCUGUGACAGUGGAAGAUGAUUUCUUUUUUUAUUAUUAUAAUUUUUUUCUGACCCCAAAUCCUUUGCCUGGCGUCCUACAGUGUAGAGCGAGUGCUUCCUGUUGGUUCUGCCUCUAAUUUGCACACCUGAAAAUAGCAGAACUGAGCUUAGUUAGAUUGAUUUUUGAACAGAUUUGCAGGGGAUAAUUGAGGGGGAGGUGAUGUUUAAUUAACUCAUGAAGACUUCCCCCUUCCCCUUCUAUUCACAUGUAUAUAUGAUAUUUAGAGGGAAUCAGACAAAUGCCAAGCCUUUUUUUCUCUUUGAAUGUGCUGUCUAUUUUUGUAACUGAACUUGUACAUAUGUAUAAAGAGAGACACAUCUUUCUUUUACUAACUGGAGGAGAAAAUCUUAAAUAAAAUGGAGUGAGAUAAUUUUAUGUAAA